AUGCAAUUUUCAAUCAACAAAGAGUUUGCUGAUCGAUAUAACACUUAUCGCCGGAAAGAGGAACUGCAAAAACUCAAAGAACGCUAUGGCGACGUGAAGUUGAAAAAAGAAAAGCCGGAAGAUGAUCAAACGGUAGUAGAUCAAUCGGAUAAUGACGAAUCAUCAAGCGUCAGCUCAUCAGAUGAUGACGAUGAGGAGGAUACCUAUUCCAGUUCUGCCGAGCGGGAACAUGAGGAUUUCUUAGUUUUGUACGAAGCCCUGUGCAAAAACGAUCCGCAAUUGGAUGAUCCUUCUAAGAAAUGGUUCCACGAUGCCGAGGAUGACACUAGUCGAGAUCCUGAUAAUUCGACCGCGGUUUCUCACACUGACGAAACCGAUCAAGCUCGGAUUGAGCGUGAUACUAAGAAGAAAAAGGAAAAAUCCGACAAACAUGAGGUUCUUACACUCCGUGAUUACGAUCGUCAGUUUUUACUGGAACAAGGGGGUGUAGAGGAAGAAUCACAAGCCGCGGAAGCCGCCAAAGUUGCCAAAUUGGAAAGUGAUAUACUGCUGGAUAAACUGGACAGAUCAGAAACAAAUGAAUCUAAGGCGUUGUUUUUAAGGGAAGCUGAUGAGGCUUUAAAACGAAGUGGUGUCAAGGCAAAUGAUGCCACGAGUGUGGUGGAAGAACCCACCACUGCUGGCUUCCUCACUCGCCGAAAAUUGAAGAUGGACGAGGAUGGAACUGCAAAACGUCGGAAAGUAAAAGUGAACGUGGACAAUUUGUUGUUUACCGAUCAACCGAAUAGCGAAGCGGAGGCUUUUCUCCGUGACUACAUAAUCAAUCAACGCUGGCGUCAUCCGUCCGCACGUGUACCCACCUACUCAGAGGUGCUUCAGUCAGCCAAUAUUGAUGAGGAGGAGGAGACGAAAUCCGAUGUCCGCUUGGAAAAUGCGACUAACGCGUUCGCGGAUGAUACUAUUUUGGAUGAGGAUGAUGACUUCCUUAUCCGGGUACACGAUUUUGAAAGAAAUCAACUUGAAGCCGGAAUCAAAUCAUAUCCGCGCAAAAUUGAAAGUAGUGUGCACCAGGUUGCUGCCUCGCAAGCACGCUCCUCGCGUGCGGAAAAACGACAAGCUCGACGGCAACGCAAACUGGAAGAAAAACAGGCCAAGAUGGCUGAGCUCAAUCGCCUAAGGCGCCUCAAAUUGAUGAUGUAUGCGGACAAAAUUGAACGUAUCAAACGAUCUUGUGGUGCAGGUUGUGACUUGACCGCUGAACUGAAUGAGGAUGAUAUUCAUAUGGCAGAAAUGAAACAGCUAACUGAAACAGAGUGUGAUGGAACCUCAGCUCCCAGUUCCGAAAAACUCGAUGCCAAAGCAGCUUUAAACUUGGCCAUGCAUUUAGACGAGGAUUGGGAUCCGGAAAAGCAUGAUCAGCUUCUUGCUAACAUGUUUAAUGAAAAUUACUACAAGGUCCAUGAGGAUUCUAGUCAAAUCCCUCAAUUUUCGGAAGACGAGGAGGAGGAUGACGGUGAUGCUGAUACAAUUGAGGGUAGUGAUGGUUCUGUGGAACGGCAUGUAAAUAACCCUGNCCCUGUUGAAGCUGACAGAAAUCGGCCUGACGCCUCGGCCGAUGCCCCGCCGGUCAAGAAUAAGAAACGCCAUAGUCUUACUGCUUUGGUGAGUCUUUGUUAG